AUGGCGAAAAAAGGUGAACUUACAAAGCAAGGUACGGCGAUGCUCUCUGCAAACCCGACAGACUGUCCGUUCAGGGAGUUCCGGGACAACGAGCUGUCUUCAGACUCCUGGGGAAUGAGUCCCACUUCCCUUCGUAUGAGUCACCUCGUGAGCAAGUCUACGCUGAAAAGUCACUCAGAACACGUCUGGGUGGACGAUCAGACUCAACCGCUGCCACGAUCUGCCAGGCAGUAUCUCCACGGCUGGAUCAGGGCCGAAGAUCUAGCUUUGAGUAGAUGGGAGGCUGAAGUUGCAAUUUUUGAGGAUAACGAUGGCAGCAAGAUGAAUGUAAUUGAUAUACAGCUGAGUCAUGCGCAAGUUCUGAUGAGAUCCUCAUUCUGUAGAAGAGUUCUAUCCUUCUGUUAUAUUUUGGAAAUGUUGGAUACUCUUGUGGUGGAACAUCAGUGGGAAUUAUUCAACUGCAGCUUACCGCCUGAGGGCUGGAGAGCCAGGUGCCACAUUUACUCACCAGGACUCAAGUCUGGAGGAGGAGCCCAACAUAGGCCAACAUUAUCAAAGAAUGGUUGUUACCUGGUCCGACUGUACUACCUCGGUGCGUGGCGGUGCGUAUGGGUCAGCGACCUGGUACCAGUCGACGCCACAGAUUCUCCGCUACUGCCUUUCUCUCCACUCCUCAGCAAGGCUCCGGUGAAGCCUAUGCCGAAGCAAUCUUCGCCUGCUGUUACUGCACCCGUGGUCUAUCUAUGGCCAAUGCUUCUAUGCAAGGCACUUCUAAAGCUAGCGGCGCCUGACAUGACGUCAGAUGAAACCGUUGAUGCGAACUGUUGCGAGGAUGAACCGAUGCUGGACUUCGAUAUCCUCCACGCACUCACUGGAGGGCUCAACGUAAACUAUUGUGUAAAAUGCUCGAACCUCCUCUGGGAGUUCUUGUUGGCACAAGGGCCGGGGUUUUCGUGGGAUGACGAUUCGGAGACGCAGACCGGAACCAUCAAGUCGAAGGGCACAAAGAAACCCAACACAAAAGAUUUUGCCACAGUCCGGCGCGGAUCUGUUACUACACUGUUACUGAGUGACACUAAAGGCCUGCCGCCUUAUACACUACCGGGUAUUACUCCCGGCCAUGAAAUGGACUUGCUGGUGACGAUGGUGCGUGAUCUGCCCUUAAAGAAGCCUUUGCCAGAACCAGAUGUGCCGCUAUGGAAGACGUACCGCUGGGUGGAUUGGGCGCGCGCUCACGGCCUGUACUCCGCGUACGAGUGUCCUCGCACCAGGUUCCUCAAGCUCGUCGGGCUGCUGAAACUGUCCUACGCUCCACACCUGCUUGACGUGCAGAGCACCGAGUCUAUUACAUUUCGUUUUAGAGAGGAACACGAAAGAACCAACCCCCCGAUAAAAAAGCUAAAGGAUAAUUCGAAUAAGCCCAAUGCCGUUGGUUCAGAAACGUAUCCAAAUACCCUGAAGGAAGAAUUACGGGAAUGGAUGCUGUAUGAUGUGGUCGCGCAGUACACGAAAAAAGUAAGUGUGCUGUACUACCCGUCCAUGUACCAGUUCACUUCGGCAGCCAGAAAGCCUCCCGUGAGAGUAACUAAGGUGCCGCUUCCACGCGCGCUGGACAUACCCGCACCGCACUCCGCGCCGCUCUACCUACAGAUAGACGCAGCUGACGAGAACGUGUUACGUGUUUCACUCAGUGCGCUACAUCCACGCGUGCUAUCCAACUGUGGCAUGCCUGUAUCGUCCUACGUUGAGAAGGCGAGUUUACUGUUGGAAGUAUUCGAGUGGUUCGUCGACUGCGAGCUUCCCCGAGUCAAAGCAUUCAUUCACACGUGUAGCUACGACGCCGUCGAAGUUAAGUUCAAACCGGGAAGACAUUUCUGCAGAAUUUGGGUUCAUUCGCACUUGGAUUGGUCGCUCAUGCUGUUAAGUGAGUCGUCAUUGGUUCUGGGUCCGCGAGAUGUGAUACAGUCUGCUGCCGUGCACGACUGUCCGUGGGCUUCCCGGUUCCUGACGGGCCUCGCAGUCGCCUUCGCAAACUGGAUCAAAGCCAGCAGGGAUGGCAUCCAGCUAACCACCGUUGAUAAAGAGUUUUAUAAAUCAUACCAACCUGACUUAGAGUGGGAUGUAACUGUAGUUGGCUACAAUAAAGCGUUGUUACACUGGAUGUUCCGUCAAGCUCUACAAUCAGUGUUAUUGAAACACCUCUUGCCGAACGAGUACCGAGCAUCUUGUGUUGUUUUAAAAAGAUUUUUUCACGAUCCGGACUUUGGGUACCCUCCUAGACCACAACCAGUAGAAUCACUCAGAUAUAUUGCAUUGUUAGAUCCCUGUGACUGUGUUUUACCUGAAGCAGAGGAGAUCGAAGCUUUAGAAGAUGAGAUGGAAGAACAGCAGAUCUUUGAGGAACAGCCUGUGGUUGAAAAGGAAAUUAUGGCUCAAUUGUUAAUCCGUCCCACGCCUCCUGCAACGUCUAAUGUAUGCGAGCUUGCUACUGAAGAAGUACCGUGCGGAGUUUUGAAGCAAGAAAGAGAAAAGAUUAUAAGACAGCACGAAGCGGCAACAGUUAUCCAGGCUUAUUGGAGAGGAACUUGGGCAAGAAAAUGUAUUAAAAAUACAAGCCCAGCUCCCGGUGAAGUCGUGAAAUGUUUAUUGGACAAUAUCUUCGGCAAUUUGGAAUCCCUAUCUCAACUUAUGAAUGAAUUUUUUGCCAUGUACCCUUCCACUAAAUAUGCAUAUUCGGUAGCUUCCGCGUUAAGUGGAUCUUAUGGUCUUCAGCAACAUAGUGGGACAGCCCUUAUUACACAGAAAUGUAAAUGGAUACCAUUUUUUCAAGGAGUUUUUAAUUGCCACGCCCUCGUUAAAGUACACUUUGAUGUCCAGAGUAGUCUCCAGUAUUGUACGUUUGCAGUAUAUAAUAAUGAUACAGGGAGACAAUUGGCUCAAGCAUACAAUUCUCAUCGAACUUUCGAUUUUCAGCCUAACGACAAUGGUUACACUGUGAUGGGUCAUGGAACACUAAGUGAGCCUGUCGGAAUCUCCAUGGAAGCCCAUUGGCAGCUGACCGUGUUGUCCAGCAUAUCUAAUGUGUUUCAUGUCUGCGACCGUGAAAUGGAGAUAUGUAGAGAACUACCUCUGCAAGGAGCCAGCAAGUUGCAUGUUGAAGAAGUGUUCAUACCAAACAGACGUAAUAUUCUUGGUGGAAUACAAAUAGUAGUGACGAAACAAGAAUCUGUUAGUUUUCGAGCGGCCGUGACAUCGCCAGAACUAGAAAUCGAAGCCACUCUGCGGACAAAGUCAUCAGAUGGGCAAACGAUAGAUGUCGGCAAAUGUACUGGAAUAGGCGAGUUAUUCUGGAUCUACAUUAACCUGGAUCCGUCGCCGCCUCUUGCUCUGAGUCAAAAGAAAUCCAUGUCUCGAAACAAUAUUGAUGAUUUGGGCAACAUGAACGCUCGUCCACAGAAGGGCAGACAACUAAAGUAUUCGAUAGCAGGAAGCAAGACGCGCUCUACCACUAAGGUAAAGGACGCGAAGGUUACAGAUGCGAAACAGUAUUGGAUCGAGGUCACAGCUCCCAGUGGAUGGCCACUCACAUUGGCCCAGUGGAAGCGAGUUGAUGAAGUUCGCAAUUCUCAGCAGAUGAGUACUGUGGAAGUCUCCAAGAAGUCCGCGAAAGAAAAGCCCAGUUCAGCGAAAGAUAAAGAAAGUGCAGCGAUGCUGAACCUGACAAUGCAGCCGCAGCCUGGUGAUGCCUAUGUGGAGCUGGAGUGUGCUCUGGUGGUGGGUGGUGGCUGCGUGGCACGCAGGGACGACGACAGGGAUGUCGCCCUUGCUGCAGCACUGCGGAACUGGGAUGCUGUUGAGCAUGGACGCAACCAGCGAGGCGCACUGCUCAGAAAGGAGUUCUGUGCGGAGUUUAUGGAACCAUCGUCACCAAAUCCUCCUUCUGAGAUCGUCACAUUCGGCGAGGAGUUCAACCCAGAGGAAGCCGAGGGCGAAUUAAAUCGAGAACAAGAAACACAGUUACUGCAGGGCCCGACGCCGGUAACAGAGAGUGCAGAAGCAGAAGUGUCAGAGGAAAGUGAGGAAGAGUUAAAGUAUCUUACGAUGCCGGAGCAAUUAAGACAUAAGUUCAUACCGCUGCCAUUUGUGCCACUUUGCACUAGGGAGAAGACUGAAGAAGAUUGUGUGGUGAUGACUGAGGAGUUAGCGAUGGCAGCGCAUGAGACGCGCCGCGAGGCAAUGAUGGCAGCUGUAGAGCGAGCGCGGCAACUGCAGGUGUACAACAAACAAUUCGUACUGCAACGACAGAUUGACCGCUGCCACCUGCUGGAGACUCUGCUUGUUGAUAGCGACUGGCAUGGCGAGCUGGCUGAUGUACUGGAGGAGAGAGACGACGCGAUCGCGCGCGAGGCUCUCUCUCGCACACUCUCUGCCACCAAGAAGAAACAAGAAGCGAAAAAGAAGUGAAACGAAACAUUUUCUCCAUAAGCUCUACCUUAUGAUGUAUGAUAAUUUAACACGCCUGCAACGGUUCAUACAAGCAGCCGCUGAGGGAGCAGAUAGCCAUUUCCUUUCAGUAAAUCUAAAACUAUAUAAUAGAAUCUAUCUAAUAUUUUAAAUUAUAAAAACAUCUACUAGGAAAAAGAUAUCUCUGGAUCAAACGAAAGCGCCUCUACCAUUUAAUUAUUUCAAGAUAUAGUAUAGUUUUAGUGAUAAUAUGGAAAUAGGUAAUUAUUAAUGAAGAAGAAUAUAUUGUUCAUUUUAUAUUCCUUGAGAGGACACAUUGGUGGUAAUUUUUCCAUGCCUACGUUCUUUACUUUUAUCUCCUGAAAUUAAAUUAAUCUUUGAUCGAAAUUAUUUUCAAAUAAGAUCAAUAUCAUUAUUAUCUGAGUCUGUCUGUUUUGCAUUUUAUUAGUACUUCAAAAAGUGUUUAAGACGGCUUAAUCAUAUAGACCGCACACAGAGACCCUGUAGGUCAAUUCGACAACAAUAAUCGAAAAAAUCAGAACAUUCUGAGACAGAAUAUUUCUAUAAGUCGUUCCAUGGUUAUAAUAAAUAAUAUAAUCCGGGUUCUGAGUAGGAAAUUCCCAAUUUUUUAGUUUUUAACUCACGCGGAGCUGCAGUUGGGUCGUGGUAGUCUCGCUCGCGUUAACGCGAUGGUGUGUUGUUCUAAAAUUCUUAACUCUGAAAAAUACCUCAGCUUGUGUUUCCUCUUAGAGAAUGUGAUUUUCUACUUACCUACGUAUUUUGUUUGCUAAUUAUAAUGUAAGAAUUA